UGACGGUACAAAGGCAGUACUUAAGGCAGUGGCGCGCUCUUCACACACAAGCUGCUGUGAAGGCGUGUACUCUUGGUAGCAUUACGUGGUUUUCGUGCGAUUUCAGUGAAAACAUGAGCUCCAUCAGAAGACCCAAACAUGCUGAGAAUCCCUCUGAAAACAUAAAGAAAUUCUUUGUAGCGCCAACAUCUGGAGCGGGAUCAGGAAGGAGGACGCUCCAGGUCCUUCAGCCGUCUGCUGUAAAUAAGAACCUUGGUCGUAUAAUUGAGAAUGGCAAAUCGGUUCCUAAAAGGAAGAUGUGGAGCGCGGAGCAGGUGAAAGGCUCAAAGAGGGUGAAAGCAGAGGUGGCUGUAAAAUCCACAAGUCCAGAAAGUGAGAACCAGCCUGAGGGGGUCACGCAAGAGGCCUAUGAGCUCAUGAUCAAAGAAACUCCUGGGUCUUCCUACUGGAAGGAGGUGGCAGAAGAGAGGCGGAAAGCCCUAUUCAGUGUUCUCCAAGAAAACGAAAAAUUGCAUAAAGACAUUGAAGCCAAAGAUGAACAGAUUGCUCAACUGAAGAGUGAGAACGAAGAGUUACAGGAGCUGGCACAGCAUGUACAGCACAUGGCUGACAUGAUUGAAAGAUUAACCGGCAGAAGUCCAGACAAUCUAGAGGAGCUGCGUGAGAUAGCCUUUGAUGCUGAAGAUGAUGAUGAGAAGGAAGACAACGAGGAUCAAGAAGAACAACAUGAAGAUAAGAGUGAUUUUGAUGAAAGCCAGACCAGUGUUGAACCAGACACAGAACCGUCACAUGACUGUGAUGUGCCACAUAAGGAUGAUUCCACAACAGAAGAAUGCUGAAAUCAUGCUCUUGGGAAAAACAUUGAACUGAAAAGAACUGAUGGACCUGUUGUUUGGUCUUAAGUGAACGUUUUUUUGCCUUUCAGAAAAAAUGUGCACCUUUUUGUUUUAAUACUUUUAUCUUUGCUGUAAAUGAGCCUUUAUUUUCAAUAACUAGUUAAUGUGCAUGUUCACUGCCAGUGUACAUAUGUAAACUUGAAUGCAAACAAUGGAAAUAAACUCAUAUUUUGUACA